AUGCCUCUUCCAGAAUUCCUCGUCCUCGUCUGUAAAGGGCUCUCAACCCUCCAACUCGGAUCUUCGUCCGACCUCGAAAAAGGGACGGCCGAUUUCCAUAUUCCAGGCGACACAGAAACAAGAGGACAACAUCCUGUCGAGGAGCACGAGCUGGCCGUUCUUGAACCUCCAGUACCGUCGACCAACCUUCAAUUUCAAGGUGCAGGUGCCGUAGGAGAGCUCGACGCAUCGGAGAUUUAUCAGAAGAGUGAAACGGGAAGGAACUCUGCGUCCACCAAAAACACACCAUCGCCGACGUACCCGCAUUCAUAUACGUCAGCUACGAGAAACACGAACCAAGAUAACGAUUACGAUCUACACGACUACUCCCAACGCGACGACCAUUCCAACGACCCACGAACCAAAAUGGUGAACGAUAAACUGAACCCCCACUCUUAUCCUUUCUACGUCACCACCACAACCACCACCACGAGUUCCUCAUCGACAAACAUCAACUCCGACUCUACCAAUUCGUUCAACUUCAACGUCGCACCGACGAGCCCCGACCCACUCCUCCUGCAUGCAUCGUGGUCCUCCCAGCUCUUCUCAGGGACGGGAUCGUCCUUUGUCACAUCCACUCCCGCGACGCACAUCCGGGGUUCCACCUCCACUUCCACUUCCAACACCACGAGGCACAAACCCAGCGGGAGCUCCAGCUCACUCUUCUCCCAAUACUCAUCAACAUCGAGGGUGGGACCGUACGAUAAACCCGAUAUACGCAAAUCGCGGUCUUCCAGAUCCAUAGCGUCGCGUCGGGAGAGGGAGAGGUCAUCAUCCUCAGCGCAACAGCCUCAGCGAGGCGCCCGGAGUCGUCCUCGCAAACCAGCCGUUCCACCCCCAACCGUCUGCCCCUUCUUCUCCAAUUCUGUCCUCGAGAACGCCGAGAUAACGAGGAUACUCUGGAGACGCCGCCUCGAGGUUGCGCGUCGGCUUGCUGCUCAACGUCGAGUCGCAUCUUCCACUUCCUCGUCGUCCGCUACUCGCAAUAGUGCUGAAGUAAAGAACCAAUCCCAACCAACUGCCAAACCCGAGCUGAGGAACAAAGCCAGCUACCUGCGAACGAUGCACUACAUCGAGGAAGUGCGGUGGGAGAUCCCCAGCGAGAUGGAGCAGUACCUAUUUUUGUUGAAGUUGCAGGAGAAGGAAAGGAGGAGAGAGGAAAGAGAGCGGAGGAGUUGUCAGUGGACCAAGGGGACGAGGCAGGGGAGUAGCAGUGAGAGUAGUAGCAGCGGUAGCGGGUCGUACGAGGAGGAAGAAGGAGAAGGAAGUGAGGAUAGCCAAGAAGAGGAAUUGGAGCGGGAGAGAAGACACGCCGCGGCGGAUCCGUACACCCGCACUCACACCCGGGCACGCGCUCGAGAUAACGGCACGUAUCGUUCUCGUGCCAGCACCGGCACGACUAGCUCCCAAUCCUCCUCCGACGACGACCAGCGCGACCAUGAAGCCACCCACACCCGGCGGGACCGCGGCUCCCAUUAUCAUCCCCACCGCCAACACGACGACGACAGUUACGCCUACCCGAUCGUGGACGAUCGGGACACUCAAGAAUGCGACGAUUUGGAUUACACGCUGUUUAAACAGCUUUUGACCGUGAACGCGGCGGGGAAGGGGGGUAGACGGGGGAUGUUCGCGUGA